GCGACACGCGAGGCGACAAACACGAUACAACCGUGAAAUACUAUGUCGAUGGCCACAAAGCGGGUGGAAAGUGUUGCGUCCAGGAAUAGCGAGGGACCAUCGCUGGGGCAUGAGAGUGGCUAAAGAUCAGCGGAGGCCCUUUGUGUUUGCCCCGUUAGCUCUGACAGACGACGAUGCUUCUCCAGCCAUAGAUGCGGAGACAUUGGGAACCAUAAACGUGGAGUUUGCACAUGCCAUCCGCAUCGGGACAAGACCGUUUAAGAAUCAACCCAUUGGCUUCGUGAAUCAGACGGUGCAUGAAAGGAGCAAGAAGAUGGGAGCGCACUGUGUAUCGCUAGAUGAGGCUCGCCCAUGCCCGGCAACCAUCACGCACAGUAGCACACUCGUCGACGAAGAUGUGCCCUUCUACGCGCGCUUCAUAUUCCGGUACCAUUCCAGAGAUUUCCUUCAGGCUGAAGGUAUCAUGCCUUUGGACGAGCGACCUGCAAAUAACGAUCAGGCACAAGCGACCGCGGGGCGCAAACGCGUCUAUUCGUCGCGUCCGGAUGUCACAGAAGCAGGACCAAGCCGCAAAAGAGCAAAGAGCGCCAUGCUCGCCGUGCCUUUAACACUCCAGGCAGACACCAAGCCAUCUGCAGCUCAACUUGCUGAAGACGAAGACGUUGUUGCACUUCAACAUGAGCUUGACGCAGUCCAACAACGAGCUCAGGUACUCCAGAGCAGAAUACAAACCGUUCGUGGAUCUGGCUCGUCUCAGAGAGUCAAAACGGAACGGCAAGACGCUGAAGAGGAUGUCAUUCACUUGACUCACGGUGCAAUCAAAAGGGAAUACUCACUUAUUCGGCUUGCAACCCAUGGUGGCGUGAUUGACUUGACUCUUGAUGAUGAUUGAUGGUAUUCUGUUGAUUCUGCUUGCAGGCUACUUACGUGGAUCGUUGGUCGGUUCGUUAAUUACCUAAGUUACAACGACUAGUAUUUAAUCUCGUAGGGUUUCACUGGGGAUCAGUAUCGAAGUACAGCGAAGCACACUCUCGUAGUAAUUAAGAUGGCAUGUAUAUACCGUCGGUGCUAGUACGUGAUGCUAGCAUGGUCGACAUUGACUCACAAUACGAAGAUGAGCCUGCUACCGUCGAUUCAUUACGUUACGUAUGUCGAUAGAUGUAUACAUGUCACAUAAGUUAGAUGAUAGGAAC